CGACCAAUCAUUCACCCGUUCCACCCUCUUCAGCCGAAACAUUCUCGUCAGUUGAUCCGUCCACCGGUCUCAACCGCCCCUGACACUAGUGGUGUAUAAAACGUCAGAUUGGACAGCCUGAAAGCUUAGCCGUGCAGGCGAGGAGAACCUGCCGCCGUUGACCACUGCUCUUCUUCUCCGCAUUAUCCUGGAAUUGGCCGGGCUGCGUUGCGUUCUACCGAGAACAAGAUGCCGCCACCGCCGGCGACGGCACCGGCGCCGGCGCCCAUCCGACUGGGAGUCCCGCACCCGUACCUGAAAACGCAUGGGAGCAAGGUCGCGAGACUGCACCUGUUCGACUGGAUCGUGCUGGUUCUCCUCGUCGCGAUCGACGCCGGGCUCAACCUGAUCGAGCCGUUCCACCGGUUCGUCGGAGAGGACAUGAUGACCAGCCUCCGGUACCCACUCAAGAACAACACCGUGCCGAUCUGGGCCGUGCCCAUAUAUUCUGUCGUCGGCCCGAUCAUCAUUUUCACCGUGAUAUACAUGAAGAGGAGGAACGUGUAUGACCUGCAUCAUGCCAUCCUAGGCCUUCUGUUUUCUGUGCUGAUAACGGCAGUCCUGACUGACGCGAUCAAGGAUGGUGUUGGCCGGCCUCGACCCAACUUCUUCUGGCGAUGCUUUCCUGACGGCAUCGCAAGAUACAACAACAUCACCAGAGGUGUCAUCUGCCAUGGGGAUAGGAGUGUCAUCAAAGAAGGGCACAAGAGCUUCCCCAGUGGGCAUACCUCAUGGUCUUUUGCCGGACUAGGCUUCCUGUCAUGGUACCUCGCCGGCAAGCUCAAGGCGUUCGAUCGAGGAGGGCAUGUGGCCAAGCUCUGCAUCAUCGUCUUGCCUCUGCUUCUUGCAGCGAUGGUUGGGAUCUCGAGGGUGGAUGACUACUGGCACCACUGGCAGGAUGUUUUCACAGGUGGAAUGCUUGGACUGGUGGUUGCUUCAUUCUGCUACCUGCAGUUUUUCCCACCACCUGCUGGUGAACAAGGAUUUUGGCCUCACGCAUACUUUGAGCACAUUCUCCACCCUGAAAGUGAGAACCAGGUGCAACUAACAGCUACUGCAAAUCAUCAUCAAGGCCCAGCUGCAGUGGACAUGAGAACCAACAGUCACUCAUUAGAUUCCAUGGAACAAGGACGAAGAGCUCGGUGAGAACUGAAGUACUGCUGUGAAUAUCUGGAUUCUAAGUUUGUGAAUAUCUGGAUUCUGAAGUUUGUGAAUAUCUGGAUUUCAUGGCACUGUACAUUUGCCACUGCUAGGUGUCUUCUGCACGCUUGAUCAGUUUGUUAUACCUAGGUGCUGUAGUGCUGUCUGCUGUGUAUGCAUACUGUAGUACAGGUAGUUCAAACAUUGUACAUUCAUCAUAGCUGCCAUGUUCUUACUUCUUUACAGAUAGUGGGAUAAUCAUUACUGUCAUGUAGUAAACCAAAUUAUUGUGAUGGCGAUAGCUUGUACAUGAUGAACACAAGGGAGUCAUGGUUUAAUUUCACAGUCCUUGUCCAGGAUGCAUAAAUCGUACCUACCAGAUAAUAUUGCUAAAUUAAAGCAUGCCUCCCUGUACAAACUUUUUCUUCUUAACACAUUAGUUUUCUCACAGUUCAGGUGUUUCAU